UAGAGAGAGAGACAUACGACGGAAAGUGAGAUAGUGCAGGUAGGAAAACAUUAGUUAAAAGAAGAUAGAGAGAUAGUGGAAAGAAGAAGGCAAUGCAUGGUUUGGUUAUAUGUCGGUGGUCGGUGCACAACAAAUGGUCGACAUGUUUCAUCAACGAUGCGGUCAUCGUGUAACUUUAACAAACAACAAUUGCACGGCCAUAAGGGAUUUUUCAGAAUAUAAUCAUGGAUUGGUUCUCAGCGCGGAACCGCUUAAGGACGAUGAGCUUUUUGAAGUCCGCAUUGACAAAAAGAUGACAUCAUGGAGCGGCAGUAUAGAAAUAGGAGUAACAGAAUGCGAUCCAGAAAUAAUAGAAUUAACAGCCUGUGCUACUAAUCUUCGUCAAGGAACUUGGAUUAUGGUUGAUUCUGGCAUAAUGCAUGAUGGAAUAAGAACGGUAGAAAUGUAUGGAAUGUGUCUUAACGAAUUACAAGAAGGAAGUACUUUAGGAGUAAUGAGGACAUCUAAUCAUGAAUUGAUAUUUUAUAUCAAUGGUGUCUCUCAAGGAGUAGCUGUAUCCAAUAUUCCAGAACGCAUUUUUGCAGUUGUAGACAUGUAUGGCGAUUGUGUGCAGGUGACUAUAACUCACCCACAAGUUGUCUCCACUUUAUGUAACGAGCCAAAAGAUGAAGUUGAAAUUAAUAAUGACUUCGCUCUUGGAGAAGCAUCUAAUUCCUCAACAACUAAUCUAGUCGCUAAUUUGAAUGUUAAUUUAAAUGUUAAUGUUAAUGUUAAUUUACCUAAGAAUCCAAGUCCUGCAGCUAUUAGGGAGGAUAGAUUAAGAUUUCAUGAGAGAGUUGGCUCGCUGGUAAAAUUGUCUAACAAUGCCAGAACUGCAGAAAGGCGAAGACCCUUAGACGAAUUUAAUAAUGGAGUAGUAAUGACUCAUAGGCCAUUAAGGGACAAUGAAUUAUUUGAGGUACGAAUUGAUAGGCUUGUACACAAGUGGUCAGGUAGUAUAGAAGUUGGAGUUACAAUGCAUAGUCCAACAGCAUUAGAAUUUCCAGCAACAAUGACUAAUAUGCGGUCAGGAACAACGAUGAUGUCUGGGUGUGGAAUUUUGGUAAACGGAAAGGGCACAUGUCGUGAAUAUGGGGAAUUUAAUUUAGAUGAAUUAAGGGAAGGUGAUAGAGUAGGCAUGAUAAGACGAAGCAAUGGAAAUCUUCAUUAUCUAAUAAAUGGAUUAGAUCAAGGUAUUGCCGCUAAAGUACCUGUAGGUGUAUGGGGUGUUAUAGAUUUGUAUGGUAUGACGGUAAAAGUAACAAUCGUCGAUCGUGAUGAAAGGGAGGAACAAAACUUAAUUACUAGACGAAACACGUUACAAUUGCAAGGUUUAAAUGAAACCGAAGAAGAGCCGCCAGAUAGACUUAUGUUUCAUUCUUGCUGCGGUACACAUGUCGAAGUGAUUAAUAACGGACGCACUGCGCAUAGGCCUAACGUAAUGGAUGAUUUUAACAACGGUGUUGUAUUGACUUCAAGACCAUUGAAACCAAAUGAAUUAUUCGAAGUGAGGUUGGACAAAAUUGUAACAAAAUGGGCAGGUUCUAUCGAAAUAGGAGUUACCACUCAUUCCCCAACUGAACUAGAGUUUCCUUUCACUAUGACAAACGUUAGAUCCGGUACAUGGAUGAUGACAGAAAAUGGGGUGAUGCACAAUGGUACUAUGAUAAUAGACCAAUAUGGUCAGAAUCUUGAUCGACUACAAGUGGGAGAUCGUGUAGGUGUAAUGAGAAAGGACAAUGCAACAUUGCACUUUUAUGUAAAUGGUGCUGAUCAAGGGGCUGCAGCGAUGAAUGUUCCUGAGAAAGUUUAUGGUGUCAUAGAUCUUUAUGGGCAAGCAGCACAGGCAACUAUAGUUGACAAUACAGACUUCUAUAGUCCUACUACAAACAAUUCAAGCUUCAGCAAUACAACCUUAUAUAGUGAUUUGAGGUUUCAUCAUAUACAUAGUAAGAAUGCAAAAAUAAUAAAUAAUGGAUUGACUGCAUUGAGGCCUAGAGCUUUAGGAGAAUUCAAUGAAGCCAUUGUGAUUGCAAAUCGUGCGCUGCGUGAUGGUGAAAUGUUUGAAGUGACAAUCGAUAAAAUGGUUGAUAGAUGGACAGGAGCAAUUGAAGCAGGUGUAACUCUUAUAAGACCCGACGAGUUGGAAUUUCCAUCUACGAUGACGGAUAUCGAUCACGAUACUUGGAUGUUGUCUGGAUCUAACGUUAUGCGAGAUGGUGUUAUUUUAAGGAAUAAUUACGCUUGUGAUUUAGACAAACUAAUUGAGGGAAAUCGCAUUGGCAUGAUGCGAUGUUCAGAUAGUAGUUUGCAUUAUUAUUUAGAUGGAGUAGAUCAGGGACCUGCUUGUACAGGUGUACCACCACAUGUCUAUCCUGUGAUUGAAUUGUAUGGACAAUGUGUUCAGGUUACAAUUGUACAACCGGAACGCAGGGAUCCAACAACACAACAGUAUUUGCCAUCAGAAAACAGUACUAGUCAACAACCUACAUCAGUAAUUCAGCUUCAAGCUCAGACAGAGAUAAUGCAUAAAUUUCACGAAUCUGUUGGUUUAAAUGUUCAAUUAAAUAACGAUAGAACGGUAGCAACUAGGUGUAGAGAAUAUAAUAAUGCUAUAUUAUUAAGCGAAACACCAUUAGAAAAUAAUGAACUUUUUGAAAUUGCCAUACAAGAAGUAGCUCGUGAAUGGAGUGGUUGUUUAAGGAUAGGUGUUGUGAAAAAUGAAAGUGGAAACUGGUUAACAUCUAUGAAUCUUGUACCUGGCAUGGGGUCCAUUUCAACAGAUGCUUGGUACUUAACAGGUAAUGAAGUAAGACACAAUGGAUAUGUUUUAUGUAUGAAUUAUUGUCCAAGUUUGGAAUGGUUACGUGUUGGUGAUAAAAUUGGACUGAAACGUACACACGAGGGUAAUUUAAAAUUUUAUAUAAAUGGAGAGGAUAUGGGUAUAGCGGCAUCGAGUAUACCGGAAAUGGUGUAUGCUGUGAUCGAUCUUUUUGGUAGUACAGUAACUAUAAAUAUAACGAGUAGUAAACAACAAAAUAAUGCAGUAUCUCCAAAUGCUAGUUUGAGAUUGCAAGAUUCUUUGGAAUUAUUGCUAGAUCCAAUGCCACCAGUUUUGCGAAAUGAUGCUGGAAUGGACACAUCUGUAGAUGUAUCUGAAGGAAAAUUAGUAAACGAUGCAACACUCACACCAACGCAAUCUGCUGCUCAUUUUAUAGGAGAAAACGAUUGGAGUUAUGAAUUCCAUGAAAAUCAUGGCAGAAACAUACAACUCGAAAGUAAGACUUCUGCACGAAGAGUUGCAAGUUAUAAUCAAGGAGUGGUAAUGUCUAGUCGUCCUUUACUAAAAGGAAAGCCAUUUUUAGUGAAAAUAGAGAAAUUGAACAAACGAUGGGUUUCUAAUAUUUAUUGUGGAGUAACUUGCAUUUCACCUGAAAAAGCUAAUUUUCCCUUAACUGCUCUUGGCUUCAAAAAACAUUCUUGGAUUAUUUGUAGCGACUGGAUAUCACAUAAUGGUAUUAGGAUAAAGACAAAGUAUGGAGCUGCUUUGGAAAGUCUUCACUGUAAUUCUAUAGUAGGUUUAUUUAUCGAUGACGACAACAGAUUACACUUAAUUAUCAAUGGUGUAGAUCAAGGCGUAGCUGCAACGGACUUACCACCUUAUGUUUAUGCUGUAUUUGAUCUGUAUGGUCAAUGCGAACAAGUUUCCAUUGUUGCAAAUAAUGCAGAGCCAUUCUCAUCUACUACCGAUAAUAGUAUAACAUCCGUGGAAUCUAUGAGAACGAAGCUAGAAGAUGCGGAAAAUUCGCGAGAGAAAGCAGACUUAGAGUGUCACGAAAAAGAAAACGUCAUCGCAGCUGCUUCUUCGGAUUUAUCUUCCUCUACCUCACCAAGUGUGCCGAGCCAGUGCAGUUCGAAUACUAAAGACGAUGAUAUUGUGGAAUAUGCAACGUGUAACAACGAUAAUGUGCAUUUAACGAAUAAUGUUGAGAACAAAGCUAUGCCCAGUAUCUCAGACGGUAAUAAUUUGGAUUCAAACUCGGAUAUAAAUCACGACACAACACGAAGUAUUAAGAACAAGAUUUACGAUAAUUCAAAUCAGUUGAAUAAUAGCGCGAUAUUGAAUAGUCAGUCAGAAAAUUUGACUAUUAGAAACGAAUGUACAAAUGUAGAGAUAAAUAAUGCAACUAAUAUUAAUAUUAAAAAUGGCACCGCAAACAGCACCAAUAACAUAACUAACUUAAAUACUAACGCUAAUAAUGCGAUAAACGAAAGCAUAGUAUCUAAUAGUCAAGGAAAUAAUAUAAGCUCCUUGCAUCAAAAUAAUGCAUCUGUUAAUAUGUUAAGCUCAUCUCAGACAUUCUCGUCUCAAAAUACAUUGAGUAACGCAAUAUCUGAUAUUUCGAACACUGUUUCUUCUAGUUUCAACGAAGUGCGUUCAAAUAUAUCCUGGAAUAAUACAGUAUCUGUUGAUAAUUCCGUUGGUGGAAAUACGAUUUUAGGACAAAAUACAGUCUCCAUUCAUAAUGCACCAUUGCUGCAUCCAUCGCUACCGUCCAUACCUCUUGGAACAAACAAUAUACCCAUGAAAAAGUGUGAAUAUCUAAAGGCGUGUAUGAGAUUAAAGAAAUCACUGGUUUUACCGGAUGAAUUCUUUUCCUUAGAAGAUGUACUUUGUUAUUGUAACAACUGUUAUAAAGUAGAAGGGGAUAAUGCAAUUUGCAAAAAGGGUGAACCUCCGGCAGAGUUUGCUGUACCGAUUGGAUGGGCUAGGUUUCCAUUGAAACAAAGUAUUAACGCCAAUCAAAUUCCACAGAGUACAACCGAUAAAUGGCAUGUUGCUUUCUAUGGUAUACGUCUGGAUGCAAUUAGACUAAUUCUCGACACAGGAGAACUUAUGACAAAAGAGCAAUUGGAUAUGAGUAAUUUAACAAUGAAUAUAAAGACCGAAGAUCAAAACCCUCAGGUAGUCUUUUCUCCUAGUAUAAAGUAUGCAGCAUCUGAGGAAUUUACCAAGAGAUAUCCAUAUAUUGAUACUCAAUCAAAUAAAAAGUUAAAUGCUUCAACGGCAUUUCAACUACUAGUAAGGCCUGGUUCAUAUACAAUUAAUUCUGGUGGUAAAGAUAGCGAUGACCCGCAGUUCGAAUCUGUCAAAUGGGCUACCAAAGAAGCUGGGGCUACGGUUAUUAUGGCUCUCUUAAUUCACCUCGAUGAAUUUUAAUUUAUAUAACACGAAAGUAAUAGAAGAGAGUGAUCCAGAGUCGCGACGGUUACGAGAGAUACACUUUCGUUUAAGGUUGACAAUUGUACAUAAAGAUUAUAUGCAUAACGUAAUAUAAUUACUGUAAGAUAAGUUUUUAAAAUCAAUUUUUUAUCUUCAAUUAUUCCGUCGAAUCUUUGUCGUGUAUAUUUACGUUGAAUUUUAUGUUAAGUACUUGUCAGUAAAAACGAUAGCGAUCAUUUCGUAAACAUCUGUUAAGGCUUUCGUUACCUUGCUCUUAAUUCAGUAUGCAGUAUUAAAGAAAAAUUCAUGAUAGAUGUAAUUUAUCGACUAUGGAACGAACAAAUUUGUAAUAAUCAGUUCAGCAACGUAUACAGUAGCUUGUAUAUCGAAUGCAUAGUACAUAUGUAUUAUGUUACACGUUUAAUGUAGCUACUGGCCUAGGUUCACAGCGAUAAGGAUUAUGUCGAGUAAAUUCUAAAGGUUUGUCGCUACAUUAAAGAAGCACUUUAACCCUCAAGCUUUACGCCUAACAAAUACCAAAUCUUUAAAUGUUAAUAACAUACAGGUAAAAAUUUCUCUUUCUUUCUCUCUCUCUCUCUCUCUCUCUCUCUCUCUCUCUCUCCUUUUUUUUUUAAAGCACGACCUUUUGCAGCAUCGAUCAAGAAAUAUGUUAUCUGUAUAAUGUAGAAAUAAAGCGAUACCAUUGUAAAUCAUAUUACGAGGCUACCAUAGAAAAUUCAAAAAUUAAAUUCCCACGAAAUUGAAAAUAUUCGGGAAAUAUAAUAACUAUAUUUUCAAAUACGCUGUUUAGAAUUGUAAUUUUUCUUUGUGGAUAUCAUGUGCACUAUUUAUAAAUGCAUACAAAUAAUAUAAGUGGCAAGAAAACGA